AAAUGCGUCACGUGACGCCUGGCCCCGCCUCUUCCUCUCGGUCCCAUAUUGAACUCGAGUUGGAAGAGGCGAGUCCGGUCUCAAAAUGGAGGUAAAACCGCCGCCCGGUCGCCCCCAGCCCGACUCCGGCCGUCGCCGCCGCCGCCGGGGGGAGGAGGGCCAUGAUCCUAAGGAACCAGAGCAGUUGAGAAAACUGUUUAUUGGUGGUCUGAGCUUUGAAACUACAGAUGACAGUUUAAGAGAACAUUUUGAGAAAUGGGGCACACUCACAGAUUGUGUGGUGAUGAGAGACCCCCAAACAAAACGUUCCCGGGGCUUUGGCUUUGUGACUUACUCUUGUGUUGAAGAGGUGGAUGCAGCAAUGUGUGCUCGACCACACAAGGUUGAUGGACGUGUAGUGGAACCAAAGAGAGCUGUUUCUAGAGAGGAUUCUGUAAAACCUGGUGCCCAUCUAACAGUGAAGAAAAUUUUUGUUGGUGGUAUUAAAGAAGAUACAGAAGAAUAUAAUUUGAGAGACUACUUUGAAAAGUAUGGCAAGAUUGAAACCAUAGAAGUUAUGGAGGACAGGCAGAGUGGGAAAAAAAGAGGAUUUGCUUUUGUAACUUUUGAUGAUCAUGAUACAGUUGAUAAAAUUGUUGUUCAGAAAUACCACACUAUUAAUGGGCAUAAUUGUGAAGUGAAAAAGGCCCUUUCCAAACAAGAAAUGCAGUCUGCUGGAUCACAAAGAGGCCGUGGAGGUGGAUCUGGCAAUUUCAUGGGUCGGGGAGGAAACUUUGGAGGUGGUGGAGGUAACUUUGGCCGUGGUGGAAACUUUGGUGGAAGAGGAGGCUACGGUGGUGGAGGUGGCAGCAGAGGUAGUUAUGGAGGAGGUGAUGGUGGAUAUAAUGGAUUUGGAGGUGAUGGUGGCAACUAUGGCGGUGGUCCUGGUUAUAGUAGUAGAGGAGGCUAUGGUGGUGGUGGUGGACCAGGAUAUGGAAACCAAGGUGGUGGAUAUGGUGGCGGUGGUGGAGGAUACGAUGGUUACAAUGAAGGGGGAAAUUUUGGUGGUAACUAUGGUGGAGGUGGAAACUAUAAUGAUUUUGGAAAUUACAGUGGACAACAGCAAUCAAAUUAUGGACCCAUGAAGGGGGGUAGUUUUGGUGGAAGAAGCUCGGGCAGCCCCUAUGGUGGUGGUUAUGGAUCUGGUGGUGGAAGUGGUGGAUAUGGUAGCAGAAGGUUCUAAAAACUCAGCAGAAAAGGGUUGAAUGAGAAUCCUUCUUGCCUAAAUGAGGAAUGUCUUUCCUACCAUCUUAAAUACGAAGGUUUCUGGCUGGGUAAGGUUUGUAGCUCACAGUAAAACCUGAUGACACCAUUUGUUUCCCUACAAAUUCAUAUUACACAUUUAAAACUACUAGGUACACUAGUAAAAUUGUUCAGCUGAAACUUAAUUUUGGAAUCACAUCCAAAACAUUUAUAACAGUUUUUAAAACUUUCCAGCAAAUAACCAUGAGUGUUCAUGUUGAGUGGCAUGUGGCCUCAUGUACAUAAUUCAUUGUUGGUGUCUUUAGGGUAAAGUCAGUUUUUGAUAAAGGGAGGUGACCUCAAGUUAUGCCGUUUUGUAUUGUAAUAAGCAUGACUUACUUAAACAGAAGCAUUGAGCCUGCCAGUCUUCGUUCUAGGAAAAACCUUGGGAUGAACUUUUUAAAUUGCCAGUUGACAGAAAUUAAAAAUGGUCUUCAUUCAUGUGGCCUCAUAUAUAAAUUACAUAUAAAAUCAGGAAAUUUAGAUGAAUUAUUUAGAUAAAUAAUUUGGUUCUUUUUAGGUUGGUUUUUUUGGGGGGAGGUGUGUGUGUGUAUGUGUUUGUGUCAUUUAACCUGUUAAUCAGAAGCAGUGGGCACCUAGUUAUUCUAAUGUUCCAUUUUAAAAAGAAAACUUCCCAUAGAAUAAUUAAACUAUUAAUUUCUGUGCAGAUCAGUUGCUGAUUACACAAGGGCUAUUGCUAGCUCAAGGGCUGGCUAAAUAUUGAAAUUUGACAAUUCACUUUAAAAACAACACCUGGGGGAUAGAUGCUUAAAAUGAAACUAGUUUCUAAAUUUUAAACAAAUUCUUACAUAAAUAGGAGUAACUUUACCAGAGUUUUUCUCACAAUAUGACUGGCACUCUAUCUAAACCAGAACUAAAUUUCUACACCACUUUAGAAUGAAGUGUUGAGCAAGGGAAUUAUUUUGAUGAAUUUUAUUUUACAGCAUGGUUUUAGUGAAGCCAAUUUCCUAAGAUAAACAUUCUUUUUUUUAAAGCUUUUCAGUCCAUCUAAUUUUUUAUAAAACAAAGUGAUUUAAUUUAAAUGUAGUUACACUGUCAUUACUGAAAAAUGUGAUGCUCUUAAAUUAUAGCACCAAUAAGCAAAGUUCAUAAGGGAAAUGGUCAAGGCAAACUUUGUCAAAGCAACUCAAGGUUACUGCUUUCCACAUCAUAUUUUUAAAACACAACCAAAAAAAUCCUACCUUUACACACAAACACACGUCCUAAUGAAUAAAAUUUGGUAAUAAAGACCAUUUGUUAAGGAACUAAACAAUUGAGAUACGCUUGGUUUUGAAGAGUUCCAAUCUAGAAGUCACAAUUUGAAACAUUUCUCGUUAAUGACAGUAUCUUGGAUUUCCAGUAAUUACGUCACAAAGUAUAGGGAAAAGCAUGCUAAUGUACAGGGGUAACAUAUUAGCCUAUGUGAGUAUUCAAAAUUUUAUAUUUCAAUGACUUGAUUUUUAAGACUUAAAAAGGUGGUUUGCAAUGGAUUCAAAUGUUUCAUUUGUAGGAUAAUGAAAUGUUUACAGAGAGCUAACUUUUUCAUUAAACUAUUUUUAGAAAUGUGUGUGUUGUUUUGUCACUUCAGUGUCCGUGAAACUUAAAUGCUAUAGGUGAAUAUGACAUACUUAAUAAGUAAUGAUUUGAAACUUGGGAAAGUGGGUUCUAUUCACUGGAAAACAUUGACCUGGGAAAUAGGCAUGGGAAAAUAUCUUAAACAGAAAGCUUACUGCCACUUACAGAUUUAAGCCUUGAAAAACAGUAUGUACAUACUUAGGUGAUAUGGGAGGGAUCAGUGAUUUAUUGGUGGAGGGGAAGAAUGUAGUUAAGGAUAAUUGAGCAAGUGAAAAACAGUUUGGGAGGAUGAAAAGGGGACUCCUUCCACACAGUAUUAGGUUUCCUAUAGUCAUUGGAUUGACUGGUUGAAAUUUUGUGCUGUGAUGGGUUGGGCAAAAGCUUUCAUGAGACCAAGUAGUUUUAAACGUCAAUGUUGCAACUCAAACCAAAUAAAGCCACCUGUUAGUUUGAACAGUUUUUGAGUUAGGAUUUUGAUAAGUGUGACAUAAAAAUAUAACAAGUUACGUGGAUUAGCAUUAGCUGUUAAAAUGGUAAGUGAAAUAAUUUGUGAAUUGAGUCUUACAUGGGACUGGUAGCUGUUAAUUGGGUUGCAACACAUUCUGUAUUCAACACUGGUUAUAUUCUAUGCAGUGGUUUUAUAUUCUGCAGCUGUAAGUACCUUAUUAAUUCCAGUUAAUACUUGAAUCCAAAACAACUCUUGCAUUUCCACCAAAAUGUUUUCUCAGAAUGAAAGUAUUAAUUGAAACUAGGCAAGAAGAAAAAUUGGAAUCCUACAUGUACUCAAUACAGACAAAUUAAAUUUUUGAUGAUCAGUGCUACUUUUGCAAAGAAUGGGAUCCUGUUAAUAUUAGGUUGACUUAGAAUUAAAAAGUACCAAGGAUAAAGAGAGUAAGGUAAUAGGUAAGAUAAAUCACAUUUGCCCAUCAUGUUUUUGGACAGGUAAUGGCAAAGAUGUAUUGAGAACUGCCUUCAUGUGAUAGAAGUAAAAUGGGCACAGUACUGAAAAUCAGCUAGGAAGAAGGAAUUUACCCAUAUUCAACUUGUAAACUUCAUUGAUAAGUAAUGGAUAAAUAACAUACAAGGGUGUUGACAGCUUUACAAAUACUUCAGAAGAGUCAAGUUGUUAAAUUUCACUAUGCCAUUUCAGUAAAAGGGUUUCAUAAUUGGGAUAGCUGAUUAUAAUCAGGAUAUAUGGAAAGUUGCAAGGUAAUUUUUAAAAAUUGUGUUGGCCCAUGCAUUCUAUCAAAGUAAUGUAGAAGGAACUGAUAAAUUUUCUGUUUGGAUUCCAUCUUCUAUUACACCUUUAUUUAAUAGGUACUGGGAGAAAUGUAAUGGGUAGGUUUGUGUCUACAGUAAAAAACUUAAAAACUUUAGUUUUGUGAGGUUGGGCAAGUUGUUUGGGACUUAAACUUUAUGCCAUGUGAUCUGUUGGUAGUUUGAUGAUGCUAGUUGACCCCCUUAGUAUGUUGAUUUCAUAUGUAUUAAAUAUGUAGAAUUAAACAUUACAUUGGAAAUAGCAAAACAUUUGAUUUAGUAAAUGUGCCUUAAACAGGAGGCUAGUGGUGGGUCUGAUGUCUAACUUUGAAUUGAUUUUAAGAUAUUUGGCAAAGUAAUCUGAUUGUUAAAGUUGUGAUUUUUUUUUAUAGUAGUUCUGUGUAUACCAUUUGUGGUUUGCUGUCUAUAAUGAAGGAAUGUUGAAUUUUACUAGUGUUACUGAAAAUAAAGUAACUUCUUCCAAUCAAAA